AUGGAUUCGCCACGCCUGCAUCACAAACUUCCCUCCCCUGACAGUAUCCGAUUGCUCGAACUAACCCAAGACGAAACUCAUCAAUCCAUCUGUGGCUGCCUCGUGCUGUUCAAACUUGAGGAUAACCCAUCUUUCGCAGCACUAUCAUAUGUAUGGGGAUGUGCAUCGCCAGAGGAUCCAAUCCUCAAGCUAGACGGCUUCGACCUCAAGAUCCGCCAAUCCUUGAAACAUGCCCUUGACGCCAUUUUCUAUGGCUCCGAAAAGAUCUUGUUAUGGAUCGAUCAAAUUUGUAUCGACCAAGAGAACUAUCCUGAACGAGAGUCUCAAGUUGCCCUCAUGGCCAAGAUUUUCAGACAAGCCCAGCGAGUAAUAUGCUGGCUAGGCCGUGGCAACAGGACCACCAAAGUCGCCUUUGAUUCAGUCACUGUCUUAGCCAUUAACGAAUCCGACCCGCUGUCCUGGCAAGAAUCGAAGCACAGGCUGACUGAGGCAGGAUAUGUCGGUGAAGGAUCAGAUCUGUUUAAUACAGGCAAAUUUCUAUCAUCUGCUUUAGAGGUUGCACUCGCAUCAAAGCUCGAGUUUCGAUGUGGUAGCUCGAGUAUUGGUGGAAACAUGUUUUUCGAGGCGAUCGUGUGGAUAUCCUCUUCUGUGCAAAACCACUUAGGCUAUCUUUGCUCAAGCCAUUUCGACAUGCUCGUCGACUAG